ACCAGUGAUAACUAUAUAUAGCACGUUUUGCAUUCUUGUGCUUACAAUUCACUCUCUUAUCCAGUUCCUGUAAUGGCUCAAGCCCACUUUGUGUUGUUCCCUUUCAUGGCUCAAGGCCACUUGCUCCCCAUGCUAGAUAUCGGUCGUCUAUUAGCACAACGAGGAGUGAUUGUCACUAUGGUAACAACACCCCAUAAUGCAGGCAGAAUCCAGAAAUCGAUCGGUCGAGCCAUCGAAUCGGGGCUUCCUAUCCGUUUACUGCAACUCCAGUUUCCCGGAAAAGAAGUUGGAUUGCCGGAUGGGGUCGAGAACAUUGAUAUGCUGCAUUCGAUGGAGGACUUGAUCAAAUUCGUAUCCGCCGCCAACCUGAUGGAAGAUGCAGGGCAGAAAUUGUUUGAGAAUAUUACACCCCGUCCCGCUUGUAUCGUUUCGGACAUAAACCUGUAUUACACCCGCAAAAUUGCUACCAAGUUUCGAGUUCCGAGGUUGUCGUUCCAUGGAUUUUGUUGCUUCUGUCUUCUUUGUUUGCACAAUAUACAGUCCUCCAAGAUAUGUGACACCCUGACCUCUAAUCAUGAGUACUUCGUGGUGCCCGGCUUGACCAACAAGGUCGAAUUUACGAGAGUUCAGUUACCGCUCGACCAUGACGGAUCAUGGAAGGGAAUUUUCGAACCGAUGUGGGAAGCUGAUCGAGCAUCCUACGGGGUCAUCAUAAACACUUUCGAAGAGCUCGAAUCGGGUUACGUUGAAGAGUACAAGCAGGUGAAGAAAGUUUGGUGUAUCGGUCCGGUUUCACUCAGCAACAGGAACGAGUUGGACAAGGCUGAGAGAGGUAACAAGGCGUCGAUCAACGAGCAGCAGUGUUUGAAGUGGCUUGACUCUCAAGAAACCAACUCUGUUAUCUAUGCGUGCCUUGGAAGCACAGGCACUCUAAAGAGUCCAGAGCUGAUAGAGUUGGGUUUAGGCUUAGAGGCAUCGAAAAAGCCUUUCAUUUGGGUGCUUAGAGGAAACAACAUGACACCGAACCAAGUCGAGAAGUGGAUGGAGGACGAUGGAUUCGAGGAAAGAACGAAAGGAAGAGGCCUUGUAGUUAAGGGAUGGGCACCCCAAGUGCUCAUUUUGUCACACCCUGCAACCGGAGCGUUCCUAACUCAUUGUGGAUGGAACUCGACGAUCGAGGGCAUUUCUGUCGGUGUCCCGUUGAUAACAUUGCCGUUUUUCGGAGACCAAUUCUGCAACGAGAAACUUGUGGUGCAAAUACUGAGAAUUGGAGUCAACCUUGGGGCUAACGAACCUACGAAGCUGGGGGAUGAAAAAUCUGGGUUUUUGCUGAAGAAGGAACAUGUUAAAGCUGCAAUAGAGAAAUUGAUGGACGAAGGAGAUGAAGGAAUGGAAAGAAGACAGAGAGCUAGAGAGUUUGGAGAAAAGGCAAAGAAAGCAGUUGAAGUGGGUGGUUCUUCCUACCGUAAUAUUACAUCAUUAAUCCAUGAUGUCAUGCAACAAUCUCAGAAAAUGUGUUGACUUGGGUUUUAUUUUUCCUUUUUCUUUUGAUGUUUGGAAAUUUUGAGUGAAUCUGAUGUCGUUUAAGCUAUGCAAAUUUUCUGAGUGAAUCCAACAAUCUCAUGAUUUGAGGUAAGAAUUGGAGGUGGUUCUAUCAAUAUGUAUUUGACAAUGUAAACCAAUUGUUACAUGGAUAUGGCUUGCUUGCCCCCCA